UCUGUGAAGAUAAGCAUUUCCGCAUCAGGGCGGGGCGCGCGCUUUGCUUUCAAGGCUUUUCUUAUAGUAAACAAAACAUUAUAUAAUAAUAAACACACAAUCCUGAUCUGUCACCCGGUUUAUCUGCGAUAUUUAGUUUUUUUUAAUACUACAUGCGAUUAUGGGCAGCUGCUUGACUGUAGGACCGAAUGAAGCCCUUGUUGUAUCAGGUGGCUGUUGUGGCUCGGACCAGAAGAAGUAUAUGGUGGGUGGAUGGGCUUGGGCAUGGUGGUUCCUCACAGACGCACAAGCACUUACACUCGAGAUUAUGACUUUACAACCCAAGUGUGAAAGCGUGGAGACGGCGGAAGGUGUGGCCAUUACAGUCACCGGAGUGGCUCAGGUAAAGGUAAUGACUGACCGUGACUUGCUGGCUAUCGCUUGUGAGCAGUUUUUGGGGAAGACUGUAAUGGAAAUCAAGGCUGUGGUACUGCAAACCCUGGAGGGACAUUUACGCUCCAUAUUAGGUACUUUAACAGUUGAACAAAUCUACCAGGACCGAGACAAAUUUGCCCAACUGGUGCGUGAGGUCGCAGCUCCUGACGUGGGCCGAAUGGGCAUCGAGAUCCUGAGCUUCACCAUCAAAGAUGUGUACGAUAAGCUGGACUACCUGAGCUCGCUGGGGAAAACGCAGACGGCUGCUGUGCGGAGGGACGCAGACAUUGGCGUAGCUGAGGCCGAAAGAGAUGCAGGAAUUAGAGAAGCCGAGUGCAAGAGAGAAAUGAUGGAUGUGAAGUUCCUCGCUGACACCAAAAUGGCCGACUCCAAGAGGGAGCUGGAGCUGCAGAAAGCAUCGUUUAACCAAGAAGUGAACACCAAGAAAGCCGAGGCUCAGCUGGCGUACGAGCUCCAGGCAGCGAAGGAGCAGCAGAAGAUCCGUCUGGAGGAGAUGGAGAUCGAGGUGGUGCAGAGGAAGAAGCAGAUUACCAUUGAGGAGAAAGAAAUCGUCAGGACGGAGAAGGAGCUGAUCGCUACAGUCAUGCGCCCUGCGGAGGCUGAGGCAUACAAAGUGCAGCAGCUGGCUGAGGGCCAGAAGAUGAAGAAGGUGUUGCUCGCACACGCAGAGGCGGAGAAGAUCAGGAAGAUUGGAGAGGCCGAGGCCAAAUCUAUUGAGGCAGUGGGCAAAGCCGAGGCAGAGAAAAUGAGGCUGAAGGCAGAAGCCUAUCAUCAGUAUGGAGACGCGGCGCAGACCGCUCUGGUUUUGGAGGCGCUGCCGAAGAUUGCUGCCAAAGUGGCUGCCCCUCUCUCCAAAACCAAUGAGAUUGUGAUUCUAAGCGGAGAAGGCAGCAAAAUGACCGGGGAAGUGAGUCGCCUACUAGCCGAGCUGCCUGUGUCCGUCAACGCCCUUACAGGAGUGGAUCUGUUCAAGAUCCCCCUGCUGCAGAAGAUGACCAAUUCCCAAGCCUGAGACACAAGCCUGUUUAGAUCUUUCUUUCUUCCCAAUAUGUUUUAUGCACUCACUAUGAAUGCCUUUGGAACACUAAAAAGUUCAGAAAUGAGUUUUGAUACCUCUGGUGCCUUAAUGUUUUAUAGGACCAGAAUAUUUGCAUGUAUUGCUGCUCCUCAUUUCCUGUUCAUGUUGUUAUUAUUUAUUUGUGACUGAUUAUCAUACACAUGUUUUUCUUUUAUUGUACUAUUGUAUUUUAUAUGCAUGUGAACCCAUGUCAGUUCUAGUUUAUUUUUUACUAUAUGUUAUGGACAUGUUUAUUAGACGUUUAUCUGCACGUGUACUGUAGGCAGCUGCCGAUGUUCUUGAUGAGCGUACAGUUAUUCAGGAAAUGCUACAAUUGCCACAUGCAUUAAAGUCUACAGAGUAGGAUUUGAAGGCAAUUUUCUGGUCCUACAGAUAACGUCUGUUGUACUCUUAGAUGCAAUCAACCAAGUGCUACUUCUUUAUACUUCUCUCUUCUCAGUCUAUAUCAUCAGCCAGACAAUUAUCUAGAUAGGAACUCACAAGAGAAGCGCAGGUGUUUCUACGUGGACUGUGUUACCUUUUGAUAAUUUUUUUAUUUGUUCAACUGACUCAGCAUUCUAUUAGUGAAAUAAUCAUUAGUGACUAAAAAGCAUUUUGCAUUCUGAUGUGUUAUGGAUAUGGAGGUUUCCUAUAUUAUGAACCCAGAUGUUAAAGGAUCGCAGGUUCUAAUUACGUUGGUCUGAUUCUAAUUACAGUGAGUUCGAGGCUGCCCAUCAGCCAAUCCGAUGAUCAGAAAUACCACUACAUUUAAGCAGAGUACAUAGUUUUUAAAUAUCACGCUGAACCAUUGAGGAGCUCUCUCGUAGCACAGCUAUUUGAACUGACAACCUCCCUGUUACAACUGCAGAUCCUUCUCUGCAGAGCUGCCACUAUGACUUACAUUUUAUUGUUUCCUUUUAUUUAUUUUACAUGCUAAUAUCCUGUGUUACAUUAUAUUGUAUGUAUAGCCGUUGAAGUGUCUACAUGAUAUCUGUGAUCUGUCACUGUGAAAGUAAUGUCCUUUUACUUCUUUUUCCUGACUUUUUUAACGUGUAUUGUGCCACGCUCUGUCGUGUUGUGAGCGAAAGUAACGGUUUUAUCCUUGUCGUUAAAUUCGUUUCUUAUAAACUAAUGUUGAAUACAGACAAUGGAGCCAAGAAAUCAGUCCUUUGUUGUUAAAUGAUUCAUUUAUGUGAAAAAACACUAAAACAAACCAAAAACAGACAGUUUUUCCUGUUUGUCUUAUCGGCACACACACACAGAGAAGAGUUUAGUGGCAAACGAUCACUUUGUGUUUUUGACAGAACAUUUCCUUAAAAAUGAAAAAAGUCUGCUCUUGAAGUGAAGUGAAGCUUUCCAGUCAGGCCACACACAUUUCAGGGCUGAUUUAUGUUACUGCUCUGUUUCUAAUGAGUUUUGGUCUGGACUGUUAAAGCCAUAGCAUUUUAAAUCAUUACAUCAUUUUAGACUAUAUGUCAUUUGGAUGCCAUUUUCUUCUGAAAUGUAUUGUUCACGCUUUUUCAAACCGAUGGCGUUUUUUCAAAAGCCGGAACUCCCAACAAUGUGUGUCGUUUAUUAGAUCCCAAAAUGUACCGACAUUUUUACUGACAUUGAACUGUGCAUGGUUCUUUUGCAUGUGUGUUCAAAUAAAAUAAAUGUUAAGUGCUCAGA